AUGGGGAGCAACUGCUGCAAGGGAGAAGCGGGCACUCAGGUGUACAAAGGCAAUGGCACGGAAAUAUCGAUUGGACCUCGGCGGCGGAAAAGCCCCGUCUACGCGGAGAUGAUGCGUGAGGAAACAUUCCAAGUGGACGAAACGCCACACUAUGGUGCACCAUUUUUCCUAAGGAAGCUUAGCGACUAUACGGUGUUGGUGGGUACGAAGGCAAAACUAUCCGUGCACAUUUCGAACACUGCCGACGUGAAGGUUACGUGGUAUAAAGACGACGCACCUCUCGUCGAGUGUGAGCGGUACGUUUGCACCGGCAAGGGCCAACUACAUUCGCUCGACAUCGCUACCGUAAUGCCCGAGGAUAAUGCCAAAUGGUCCUGUCAGGCGGAGAAUUUGCUUGGAAAGUGCGUGUGCAGUGGGCAGCUUACAGUGCGAGUGCCCGAAACCUACAAAGCUCCGGAAUUCGUGGAUGAGCUGCGUGCCAUUCUUACCAGCCAGGGCACGAUCUCGCUCGAGUGCAAAGUGAUCGGCUAUCCGACGCCGGAACUGCGAUGGUUUAAGGAUUCGAAGGAGAUCAAAGCGGGCGACAUGUUCGGGCUAACGAUUAACGGUGGAGAUUUGGCAUCGCUCGGCGUGUACACCUGUGUGGCGACGAACUGUGUCGGUAAGAGCAGUUCCAGCUCGAAAGUGCGGGUACAGGAGCAGGAAACGACGACGAAAGAAAAAACGAUUGACAAAAUUUCACCGGUUUUUAUCGAAGAACUCGAGAAAAUUAAAGGCAAAAUCGGCGAUCGAUUGGAGCUGCGUUGUAAAAUCAAUCUAUCUGCAGCUCCGUUGAGCGUUCGAUGGUACAAUCAAAAUGGCCUGAUUGAAGCGAACGAAAAGUAUUCUAUAUUCGACGACGGUUUGGGUUGCUUCCUGGUCGACAUAAAUGCGGCGGAACUGUGCGAUGCCGGCGAAUGGAAGUGUGUCAUUACGUGCAAGGAUGGCUUAAUAGGCAUUACGACCAAUGUGGUGGAAUUGGAUGUGCCCAGAAACUAUCGAGCGCCUCGGUUUAUGGAAGGACUGAAAGCAGUCAUGACCGACGAAGGACUCGUCUCGUUCGAGUGUAAAGUGAUCGGAUUUCCUACGCCCAUUCUACGCUGGUACAAAGAUGGGCGCGAAUUGAAGCCGGGCGAUGUGUACCAUUUGACCGGUGUGAACUCACUCGGAUCGUACUGUUGCGUGGCUAGAAACAGUCUCGGAGAAGCAUCGAGCACUACCUUCCUUUCUGUGAACGACAUUAAAGCACAGCUGAACGAGGAAGAGUGGCUUAACUUGCUGCAGGUAAACCAGGCGCCAGUGUUUAAAACCGGGCUGAUCAGUCGAGAUGUAAGCAUUGCCGAACCGUUUAGGCUAUCGGUCGUGGUUAGUUCGGUAUCGAAGCCUACAGUGAACUGGUACAAAGAUGAUCUGGUAGUGGAAGUUUCUGAUAAUUAUAAACUAUCUUCCGACGAAAGUACGUACACGUACAACAUCGAUGUGGUUGUGGCGCAGUUGGAUGAUCAGGGCGAAUGGAAGUGUGUCGCAACGAACGAGUUCGGUCAGGCUGGUACGUCUUGUUUCGUGAAGCUAAUCAUACCGAAACACUACCGUAAGCCAAAGUUUUUGGAAAACUUGAAAGCGGUCAUGUUGCGCGAUGGUACAGUAAAUCUCGAGUGUAAGGUGAUCGGUGUUCCGCAACCGAUCCUUAAGUGGUACAAGGAUGGUACGGAACUGAAGCCGGGAGAUAUACAUCGGAUCAUUACUGGCCAGGAUGGUAAAUGCUGUCUGGGAACAUACACUUGUGAGGCGGUGAACUGCAUGGGAUCGGUCAGUAGUACUGCCUCGUUGCACGGUUAUGAUGGUAUAGCGGACGAAGGUCCACUACCUCCAGAAGGUGCAGCACCGCUCGUGAAGGAUGCCUCACUAUCCACGAUACACGAGGAACGAACUUCACAGAUGUUUGAUACGGCCGCUUCGUACGAAAGUGCAGCCAGCAAUGGCCGGGAAGAGAUAUCGUUCACAUUUGAUGGUAAGGAGGUUUCGAUAUCGUUGUACGAAACGCCAGAACUGACCAACGAUGAAGCACUGCAGAUCGUGCAGAUGUUUGCCGACCAACUGCAUCAAAAUAUUAACGAAAACGAAAACGUUACCAGCAUGCCAUCGUUGCGAUUUGUGAAGGAAACAUCAACCUCCGGGCAGCUGGUGAUGGAGGCGCUCGUCAUAGACGUGCCCGUCGUAGAGGAUAACAAUGUGUUCGAGGAUGACCGUCGUACGGACUUUGACAUCGAUGAAAUGCAUGACGAGAACACGUUCACCUUCGAGAGUGGUAUCGCUUCGUCGAAGGUACGUACACACCGGCAGAGUAGCAACGACCAGGAUGAUUUCCGCAGUAUGACAGCGUCGGACCAUUCGGAUCUCGAGCAGGACGUCAUGUUAAGCAUUUUGAGCAGAGACAGUCUGCCGGUGCUUACGAGUCCGGCUAAAACUGUGGACGCGGCGGCAGGCGAUGAUACUGCCGAACGGUUGCAGUCGCUGGUGGAGACGGUCAUUUUUCAUCUUGCGUCCAUUCGGGAAGAAGUGCGAAAUCAAACGGAUCUUGCCAUUACGGCUAACUUUAGGGAACGCAGUGAAAAAAUCCUAGCUGACAUCCUUUACCCAGUGCAACAGAUACACAAAAGUUUGAAUGGCGCAGUGGUGCUUGAAAAUUUACUGGACCCGCUAGAACAUCUGGCCCGUGGUUUGAGUGUGGUGGAAAAGUGUGUACAAAUCGGUGGAUAUAGUCGUACGUUCGUUUAUCGGACGAGCGUCUGCAUUGUGGAAGGCUGUGGUAAGCAGAUCUUAAACUGUCUCACCGAUAUGCGGCUGCUGGCGGGUCAGCAGCUGGAGGCAGAUUUUGUCACGCAGCAAAAAAUCUACAUGGCACUGUUGGAGGUGCAGACAAGCAUCGAAUCUGCGCUCGAGAGCAUUCAGUCGCAGCGUAUUCUGCAGGAUGCCGAUUCGGUCGCGGCACUGCAGGACCUGACUAGCAUCGUAACGAACCGUUCCAUCUUCGAGGAUAUCGACUUUAUUCUGAAGGCGGACGAACCUAUCGGCGGACUGCAGAUUAAAAAUUUGCAGAUAACGGUGCUGGAAUUCGAAAAAUCGCUUGCUACCAUCCUAACGAUUGUUUCUCAGUCGGAACACUGCAACGUACGGUCGGAAAUUGCAAGGUUUGGUUUGACGGAGGUACUGCUAGAACUAAAGAACAAAACGGAGGUACUGCUGGUGCAGAGUACCGAGCAACGACAGAAAAGCAUAGUAACGGAAGAGAUGAAGCCGGCGGUCAGUGAGCUGAACAGCUUGGUAGAGAUGGUAGAGGCGAAUGAAUCUUACGCGGAGGUGAUCAACUGUCUCAACGAUAUGUUUGUACCGUUGGAAGAAAUGAAAACGGCUUUGUCGAAGUUGUCGGACGAGCUGCGCCAUGUACCGGGCGAAAAGGAGUACAGCAGCAGUCAAGCACUUGAGCAACAAAUUGAAGAGUUUUACGAGCUGAUCGUACAUCUCAAGGAGGAGAUACAGCGUACGAGCAAGGAGUACACGCACAAUGCGGAUGUAUUUUCGCGGCUCGAAGAUUGCCUGAAUCGACUGUUCUGCAUACAUACCGCAGAUUCGAUUGAUGACGAAGAAUGUGCAAGAAUGGAGAUAGUGCUGAUACAGCUUUUGAUGAACCAUCUGACGAAGAUUGAAUUAGCUUUGCAGGAGAAAACUGAACAAGAGAUGCUUUCCUACCUGUCGACAGCAUUCUUGAAUGUGCACGAUAAUUUGCAACAUUUUAGCUACAUGCGUUCGAACAGCAAGUAUGAAAAGAUACGGCAAGAUAUACUGCAGCACGCUAGAAGGAUGGUGUUUUACCUGAUUGAAGAGGAAACCUCUGUUACCUCGACUGAGGAACGACGCAAAGCCAUUUAUGAGAUCGCUCUGUUUUCGAUCCAUAGCGAUUCGGCACGGCUGAUGGAUGGGCUGGAGAGGAAUUUCUCUAAACUAGUCGGUGAUUCUGAUGGUUUGCCAACUCUACUACAGCGCUUACAUGAGUUCGAUGAAUGCACGACCUCAUCUUUGAAGACUCACGAGCAGUCAAUAUUUACCGACAAUGAAUCAGCCUUUGAAUCACUUCUUAAAUUGGCAACGACUAUGCGCCAUUCUAUUGAUCUUUUGGAAGAACAAAUAAUGAACAAUUCGUACGAUUCUAACAAGUUCGUUACUUCUUUGGAAGAACUUCAUGUGGCAGCGGAUAAUUACAGUCGUAGUAAUGAAAAUCAUAUGGGACAGUUGUGUCACAGUUUGUGUGACGAUUUGAAUGUACUGAUAAUGACUUGGAAACGUAAACAAGCCACGAGUACUGAUGCAAGCGAAACUGUAACCACAAGCACUUUUGAUUCGCUAAAGACAAGUGUAAUCGAGAUCAGGAAAACGCUUGAGACGAAAUCUGUUACCCUCAAUGUACAGCAGUCACUUGAUGUUUUAGAACAAACGAUUAUCGAGCUGGAAGGACAGCCCAUGCAGAUGCAAAGUAUCGAGCUAGUGAAUGCCAUCGCGACACCGAUUGCGAAGGUGACCGAGACGUUGAAGAACAUCGAUCUUCAAUCGGCCCAGGUAGAGCCGACGGUAGUGUUGGAGGAUUGUCUGCUCCAGAUGUGCGAAUCAUUCGAGAAGGCACAGUCCGAGCACUCCUUGGAACAGGCUAAGGAGAGCACUUCUCACAGCAAACUGCUCGAAACGGUCACGCAUGUACAGCAUGAUAUUCGUGAGUGUAUCCAGCAGGAGAAGGAUACCAGAGCAAAGGGACAAGGAGCUCUGGAAUCGUUGAAGCAAUCGUUGUCUGAUGUCCAACAGCUCAUCAAGACGGAGAUUGUAGUGAAGGAUGUUUCGAAGCCGUUGUUCGCUUUGGAAAGCACGAUCAACGAGCUCGUGGGUCAGCCGAUGCAGAUGCAAAGUAUCGAGCUAAUGAAUGCCAUCGCGACACCGAUUGCGAAGGUGACCGAGACGUUGAAGAACAUCGAUCUUCAAUCGGCCCAGGUAGAGCCGACGGUAGUGUUGGAGGAUUGUCUGCUCCAGAUGUGCGAAUCAUUCGAGAAGGCACACUCCGAGCACUCCUUGGAACAGGCUAAGGAGAGCACUGCUCACAGCAAACUGCUCGAAACGGUCACGCAUGUACAGCAUGAUAUUCGUGAGUGUAUCCAGCAGGAGAAGGAUACCAGAGCAAAGGGACAAGGAGCUCUGGAAUCGUUGAAGCAAUCGUUGUCUGAUGUCCAACAGCUCAUCAAGACGGAGAAUGUAGUGAAGGAUGUUUCGAAGCCGUUGUUCGCUUUGGAAAACACGAUCAAUGAGCUCGUGGGUCAGCCCAUGCAAAUGCAAAGUAUUGAGCUAAUGAAUGCCAUCGCGACACCGAUUGCGAAGGUGACCGAGACGUUGAAGAACAUCGAUCUUCAAUCGGCCCAGGUAGAGCCGACGGUAGUGUUGGAGGAUUGUCUGCUCCAGAUGUGCGAAUCAUUCGAGAAGGCACAGUCCGAGCACUCCUUGGAACAGGCUAAGGAGAGCACUUCUCACAGCAAACUGCUCGAAACGGUCACGCAUGUACAGCAUGAUAUUCGUGAGUGUAUCCAGCAGGAAAAAGAUACCAGAGCAAAGGGACAAGGAGCUCUGGAAUCGUUGAAGCAAUCGUUGUCUGAUGUCCAACAGCUCAUCAAGACGGAGAUUGUAGUGAAGGAUGUUUCGAAGCCGUUGUUCGCUUUGGAAAGCACGAUCAACGAGCUCGUGGGUCAGCCGAUGCAGAUGCAAAGUAUCGAGCUAAUGAAUGCCAUCGCGACACCGAUUGCGAAGGUGACCGAGACAUUGAAGAACAUCGAUCUUCAAUCGGCCCAGGUAGAACCGACGGUAGUGUUGGAGGAUUGUCUGCUCCAGAUGUGCGAAUCAUUCGAGAAGGCACACUCCGAGCACUCCUUGGAACAGGCUAAGGAGAGCACUUCUCACAGCAAACUGCUCGAAACGGUCACGCAUGUACAGCAUGAUAUUCGUGAGUGUAUCCAGCAGGAGAAGGAUACCAGAGCAAUGGGACAGGGAGCGCUGGAAUCGUUGAAGCAAUCGUUAUCUGAUGUCCAACAGCUCAUCAAGACGGAGAUUGUAGUGAAGGAUGUUUCGAAGCCGUUGUUCGCUUUGGAAAGCACGAUCAACGAGCUCGUGGGUCAGCCCAUGCAAAUGCAAAGUAUCGAGCUAAUGAAUGCCAUCGCGACACCGAUUGCGAAGGUGACCGAGACAUUGAAGAACAUCGAUCUUCAAUCGGCCCAGGUAGAACCGACGGUAGUGUUGGAGGAUUGUCUGCUCCAGAUGUGCGAAUCAUUCGAGAAGGCACACUCCGAGCACUCCUUGGAACAGGCUAAGGAGAGCACUGCUCACAGCAAACUGCUCGAAACGGUCACGCAUGUACAGCAUGAUAUUCGUGAGUGUAUCCAGCAGGAGAAGGAUACCAGAGCAAAGGGACAGGGAGCGCUGGAAUCGUUGAAGCAAUCGUUAUCUGAUGUCCAACAGCUCAUCAAGACGGAGAUUGUAGUGAAGGAUGUUUCGAAGCCGUUGUUCGCUUUGGAAAACACGAUCAAUGAGCUCGUGGGUCAGCCCAUGCAGAUGCAAAGUAUCGAGCUAAUGAAUGCCAUCGCGACACCGAUUGCGAAGGUGACCGAGACGUUGAAGAACAUCGAUCUUCAAUCGGCCCAGGUAGAGCCGACGGUAGUGUUGGAGGAUUGUCUGCUCCAGAUGUGCGAAUCAUUCGAGAAGGCACAGUCCGAGCACUCCUUGGAACAGGCUAAGGAGAGCACUGCUCACAGCAAACUGCUCGAAACGGUCACGCAUGUGCAGCAUGAUAUUCGUGAGUGUAUCCAGCAGGAGAAGGAUACCAGAGCAAAGGGACAGGGAGCUCUGGAAUCGUUGAAGCAAUCGUUGUCUGAUGUCCAACAGCUCAUCAAGACGGAGAUUGUAGUGAAGGAUGUUUCGAAGCCGUUGUUCGCUUUGGAAAGCACGAUCAACGAGCUCAUGGGUCAGCCCAUGCAGAUGCAAAAUAUCGAGCUAAUGAAUGCCAUCGCGACACCGAUUGCGAAGGUGACCGAGACGUUGAAGAACAUCGAUCUUCAAUCGGCCCAGGUAGAGCCGACGGUAGUGUUGGAGGAUUGUCUGCUCCAGAUGUGCGAAUCAUUCGAGAAAGCACAGUCCGAGCACUCCUUGGAACAGGCUAAGGAGAGCACUUCUCACAGCAAACUGCUCGAAACGGUUACGCAUGUACAGCAUGAUAUUCGUGAGUGUAUCCAGCAGGAAAAGGAUACCAGAGCAAAGGGACAAGGAGCUCUGGAAUCGUUGAAGCAAUCGUUGUCUGAUGUCCAACAGCUCAUCAAGACGGAGAAUGUAUUGAAGGAUGUUUCGAAGCCGUUGUUCGCUUUGGAAAACACGAUCAACGAGCUCGUGGGUCAGCUCAUGCAAAUGCAAAGUAUCGAGCUAAUGAAUGCCAUCGCGACACCGAUUGCGAAGGUGACCGAGACGUUGAAGAACAUCGAUCUUCAAUCGGCCCAGGUAGAGCCGACGGUAGUGUUGGAGGAUUGCCUGCUUCAGAUGUGCGAAUCAUUCGAGAAGGCACAGUCUGAGCAUUCCUUGGAACAGGUUAAGGAGAGCACUGCUCACAGCAAACUGCUCGAAACGGUUACGCAUGUACAGCAUGAUAUUCGUGAGUGUAUCCAGCAGGAGAAAUAUACCAGAACAAAGGGACAGGGAGAUGAGAAGAAGCAGGAGCAGGAAAAUGCCCAGCAGAAGAAGGCAGAGGAAACAGAAAAGCAGAAAAGGGUAGAGGAAGACGCCAAUACGAUGAUAGUUGAGCAAGAGACUAAGAAGAAGCAGGAAGAGGAAGAAGCUAAGAAAAGGCAAGCAAAUGAAGAGGCCAAGCAGAAGAAGGUCGAGGAAGAGAACAAGAAGAAGCAGAGGAUGGCCGAGGAAGGUGCCAAGAAAAAGAAGGAAGAAGAAGCUAAGAACAAGAAGGCUGAAGAAGAGGCCAAAAAGAAUGCCGAGGAAGAGGCAGAGAAAAAGCAGGAAGAAGAAGCUAUGAAGAAGGCCGAAGAAGAAACAAAGCAGAAAAAGGCUGAAAAAGAGGCCAAGAAGAAGGGUGAGGAAGAGACCAGGAAGAAGGUCGAGGAAGAGGCUAAGAAGAAGCAGGAAGAGGAAGAAGUCAAGAAGAAGAAGAUCGAAGAAGAUGCCAAGAAAAAGAAGGAAGAAGAAGCUAAGAAGGCCGAGGAAGAGACCAAAAAGAAGGAAGCUAAAAAGAAGGCUGAGGAAGAAGCUAAGAAGAAGAAGGCUGAAGAAGAGGCCAAGAAGAAGCUGGAGGAAGAUGAAGUCAAGAAGAAGAAGGCCGAGGAAGAAGCUAAGAAGAAGCAAAAAGAGGAAGAAGCAAAGCAGAGGAAGGCUGAGGAAGAGGCCAAGAAGAAGCAGGAGGAGGAAGAAGCCAAGAAAAAGAAGGAAGAAGAAGCUAAGAAGAAGCAAGAAGAGGAAGAAGCCAAGAAGAAGGCUGAGGAAGAGGCCAAGAAGAAGCAGGAGGAGGAAGAAGCAAAGCAGAAGAAGGAUGAGGAAGAAGCUAAGAAGAAGAAGGCUGAAGCAGAGGCCAAGAAGAAGGCCGAAGAAGAGGCUAAGAAGAAGCAGGAGGAGGAUGAAGCCAAGAAGAAGGCCGAGGAAGAAGCUAAGAAGAAGCAGGAGGAGGAAGAAGCGAAGAAGAAGGCUGAGGAAGAAGUCAAGAAGAAAACGAAGGAAGAAGAAGCUAAGAAGAAGGCUGAGGAAGAGGCCAAGCAGAAGCAGAAAGAGGAAGAAGCAAAGCAGAAGAAGGAUGAGGAAGAGGUCAAGAAGAAGGUCGAGGAAGAGGCCAAGAAAAAGAAGACCGAAGAAGAGGCUAAGAAAAGGAAGGAAGAAGAAAGUAAGAAGAAGGCCGAGGAAGAGACCAAAAAGAAGGUUGAGGAAGAAACUAAAAAGAAGAAGGCUGAGGAAAAGGCCAAGAAGAAGGCCGAGGAAGAAGCUAAGAAGAAGAAGGCUGAAGAAGAGGCCAAGAAGAAGGCCGAAGAAGAGGCUAAGAAGAAGCAGGAGGAGGAUGAAGCCAAGAAGAAGAAGGAAGAAGAAGCUAAGAAGAAGGCUGAGGAAGAGGCCAAGAAGAAGAAAGAAGAAGAAGAGACCAAGAAGAAGGCCAUGGAAGAGGUUAAGAAGAAGCUGGAAGAGGAAGAAGUCAAGAAGAAGAAGGCCGAGGAAGAUGCCAAGAAAAAGAAGGAAGAAGAAGCUAAAAAGAAAGCCGCGGAAGAGACCAAGAAGAAGGCUGAGGAAGAGACCAAAAAGAAGGCUGAGGAAGAGGUUGAAAAGAAAAAGAUUGAGGAAGAAGCUAAGAAGAAGAAGGCCAUAGAAGAGUCUAAGAAGAAGGCUGAGGAAGAGACCAAAAAGAAGGCUGAGGAAAAAGCUAAGAAGAAGAAGGCAGAGGAAGAGGCUAAGAGCAAGACUGAGGAAGAGGUCAAGAAGAAGAAAGCAGAGGAAGAAGCUAAGAAGUAUCAGGAAGAAGUUAAGAGCAAAAAGGAAGAGGAAGAAAUAAGAAAGCAGAAGAGAGAUGAAGUGGCCACCAAGAAACAAGCGACUCAGGAUACUCUGUUCGAUAAUGUCCAUGAAAUGUUGUUGGAUAUCAAGCGUAUGUUCUUAACCAACAAUGCAGGCAAACACUUGUCCUCGGAGCUGAAAAACGUGAAGCUUAGCAUGCUGUCGUCUGAGGACCUAGAGUACUGUGAUGUUGAAAUACCGCUCAUGAAGCUGUUCCACAAUUCGAUCAGUACUUUCAUUGAUUCAUUGUCUCGGAUCGACCUGUACUCAGAGCAACCCGAGACGUGGAAAGCGUUGGAAGAUGGCGUGCUGCUGAUGCUGGAAUCAUUUGGUCAGCUACAGCAAAGAAGCGAACAUCUGCAAGGAACCGAUUGGAAAACUGUUUACACGCUCUACAAAACCGUAAUGGUGCUUUUGACUGAAACUACACAAUGCAUUUAUCAAAGACGGUCAACGCAGGCCGAAACUGAGCUUGCGUUGAACAAAACGAACGUGGAGCUGCAACUGUUGCAGAAGGAUCUAGAGUACAUACGGUUGAACUGCACCGAACGAGUAGAUCUUGCCUCCAAGACGGUAGAAUCGUACUUUGCUUUAGUGUGCAAAACGUUGACCCUUUUGCACCCAUGCGUAGAGGCCGUUGUGAAAAAGCCGUCGUACUCGACGUGCGUAAACAUUUUGCUGCAGCUUACUAUUCCCGUGCACGAUCUGGUUAAGGAUCUGCCGUCGGGUACGGGCUGGUCAGCACAAUCUAUAACUCCGCCACUGAAGCAUAACUUGAGACAGUUGUAUCGCAUCGUUUCGUUAAUGUCCCAGCAACACAUCACCCGUGUAAGGAACGAGCGUGAGGUGUCGAUCGUGGAGGAGAUUAAGCGACAUCUGUUAAGCUUGGAUAAGGUGUUGAAAGUACUGCUCGAUCAGCACAGUAAAAUGGAAAUGCAGAAGGAACUUUUGGAUACGAUCCGUAGACAUUUGAUAACGUUGAAGAGUGUGAUGAUGCAGGUUAGGACGGAUUACUGUUUACAGUCACUAGUGGAGAAAGAUGAUCAGUUGAUGUCCGCGUUUGAGAUGGUGAUUGAGAAGUUAACGGUUAAUCCAAUGCAGCUAGACUCCGUGGAGUAUCUUCGGUUGCUAGCAGAGUCUCUGGAGAAGUAUUGUGACAUCAUGCGCAGGCUUAGCAAUAACGUCACGAUUUCCGAUUGGUUGUUGCGUUAUCAGCUACAGCUGCUAAAGAUUUUCGACACGAUCGAGUUUUGUCUGAGUGAGGAACAGUUCAUAGUGAUUGGUAGCAAGGAAAAGUACACACGUACCAGCACGCAGGAUGCGAUCCUUACAGUCAAGCAGAUGAUAACUCACUACAAGAUCACUAGCAGUCAGCAACAGCAGCAGCAGGUCCGUCGGGAGCAAACGUCGGAACAAACCCACAUCAAGGCCAUCGCCGCACGUCAGGGACUCACUGACGCCCCGGAACCAAUGGUACGCAGCAUCCAGGACGGAAGUCCCAGGCGCACUCUGGACACGCGACAGCAACGUACGGAAACGAUCCGGCGUCAUGCGACCAGAAGUCCGCUUGGCAUGCGGGACGAGCCACCCCGUAGCUCUUCCAGAUGUAGCCUGGGAGCAUUGCCGUCCAAACGUGGACCGUCGUUUGCGGUGUACCUGAAGAAUGUGUUCAUCGAGCGAGACCACAGCUUCAAGCUGCUGUGCGUCGUGCUGGACUCGGAGAUUGAUGUCCGGUGGACGAAGGAUGGUAGCGAUAUCGCGCAAACCGGACGCUACCGGAUGGUGCAGAAGAAUGGGCUGAUUACGCUGCAGGUGGACCAUGCCGAGUACGAGGAUACGGGCGUGUAUGCGUGCCACGUCUUCAACAACUACGGCCAGUCGUUCAACAAGUGCACCGUCGAGGUGUAUGAUACCAGCGAUGAUAUCAUCUGCUCGUCAUUCAGCAUACCGCACAAAAUGGUUUACUAA